AUGGCUUUUCGACGUAUAACAAACCUACAAAAUAUCCUCCGAGUGAGCCUUAAUCAAUCCAGAUCAAGAAGCAACAUUUUCACUAGACGUACAAUUUUUCCCUUGUCCUCAACGAUAAGGUACCGUUCUUCAGCAGUCAGCAGCCCCCCAGCGGAGCCCCUAGCGAAAAUCGAUCCAAGACUCCACCUAGAAUACACCUGCAAAAAGUGCGACACCCGCAACCACCAUAAAAUUUCGAAAGUUGCCUACGAAAAGGGGGUAGUUAUAGUGGAAUGUUCAGGGUGCAAAAACAACCAUUUGAUUGCUGAUAAUCUCAAAUGGUUUACCGAUUUGAAUGGUAAAAGGAAUAUCGAAGAAAUUUUGAGGGAAAAAGGGGAAACUGUUAAAAGAGUUAAUUUAGGUGAAUAUGUUGCCCAGCACUUGUAA